AUGAAUUCAUCAUCUUAUGGCCACAAUGUGUCAAAUGCUGUUGGUCAAAGAGACUCUUACAGUGCAGCUGUGGCUAAAAAUGUGGUUGUUCUGACUCUUGGACUCACAAUCAACUACAUAAAUGGAUCCCUGAUUUACACGUUCAGAAAACACCAGAUAUUUUAUAUGAAUCCUCGUUACAUCCUAUUCAUCCACCUGGUGGUCAAUGAUAUGAUUCAGCUCACUACAACAAUCAUCCUGCUUGUGUUAAGUUAUACUAUCUACAAAAUAAAUUUUUCCCUUUGUUGUGUGCUCAUUAUCUUUGCUGUGUUCACCACCAUUAACUCUCCACUAAAUCUAGCUGUCAUGGCAGUGGAAUGCUAUAUUGCUAUUUGUUUACCACUGCAACAUGCAGAGCUCUGCACUAUUAAAAGAACAUAUAUCCUGAUCAGUUUUAUCUGGGCAGUGAGUGCAAUGACAACCCUGUCUGACGUGUUUUUUAUGAUUGUGACCGAGCCCAUAAAGUUAUUCUUUUCUACUGUUGUGUGUAUUCCAGAGGAAAUCUUUAGAAAUCCCAUUAUUGCUAAAAAGAAAAAUGUGUUGUAUAUAAUCUAUCUUGUUGGUGUUUGGCUGACCCUCUUAUAUUCUUACUUCCAAAUAUUCUUUGCGGCAAAAGCAGUUAAAUCAGCUAAUGCAGAUGCAAAGAAGGCCAGGAACACCAUCGUGCUUCAUGGCUUUCAGUUACUAUUGUGCAUGCUGACCUAUGUAUUCCCAAAUGUUCUACAGUUUCUGUUGAAUUUGUUCCCUAAAAAUUAUUUACAUGUGUACUUUGUUUGCUAUAUCAUCAUUCAGGUCCUUCCUAGAUUUGUCAGUCCUAUUGUAUAUGGGAUACGAGACACAACAUUUAGACAGCACUUAAGAAAACAUCAGCUGUGCAUCACAAAACAGACUAGAUAG